GCAGCUUCGAGGAAACGUACCCCUGAUUAAUCCUUGAAGGUUUCAGCUAAUUUUGCAACAAAAAUGACCUUCCAGAAACACGCCUAGCUCCCCCACAUACAUAAACAUCGCGCUCAUGAUGAUUCAUGCCAAACGUUUCUCCGCCACAGCCACACGUACUGCGUCACGUGCCGUGGAAUUUGAUCUCCUCUUUACGUUUGUGUUUUUUGCUUGUUUUCUUCCCAUCCAAACCAAGGGUCAGGAUCUGUUUCAAAGUCAUGCUUUGACCACGUUGAAACCUCCAUAAAUAGGGAAACCAUAUGCCCUUUUCCUUCCUUCUUACCAAAGGAAGAGAUUAGAGAUCAGUGCCAAAGCUGUUCCCCUUCAUUUCUCACACGUAGUAUUCUCUUGGCCGGCCAUGAGCCAAACCAUGUCGGGCUCUGGAGAUUGGUUCCAAUUCUAUAACCAUAACCUUCCUAGUCAGGCGACAUCUCCGGGCCACGCUGCCUCUCGGCCGCCGCCUGAUCUGCUCGAUACUGGAGUAUCUGAUGACACUGUUGUCACCUCCACUGUCACUUCCGUCGCCUCGUUGAUGACUCCACUCGGCUCCGGCGGCGCCGGCACCUCUAGCUCAAACAUGAGUACUGGUCAUCGCUUGAGCCCCGAAGGCCGUGUCUCCAAGCCCAUACGCAGGCGGUCUAGGGCUUCUCGACGGACCCCUACUACGCUGCUCAACACAGACACCACCAAUUUCCGAGCCAUGGUGCAACAAUUCACCGGUGGUCCUAGUGCGCCCUUUGCCUCGGCCGGGGCGCACCCCGGUGCACCAAACUUUGGUUUUGGCUUAGGAGCAGCCGGCCGUCAAGCUCAUGUUAACAAUCCUAGUGCAAUGAUGUUUCCUCCGGGUCGCGGAUAUCAUCCUCUGCAGCCUCAACCACAGCUGUACCAACCACAAAGUCAGCAAUACAUGUUUUCGUUGGGCAGCAACAACGCACCUGGGGAUGCUUUUCUUCAAAGGCUUAGCAGCUCAAGACCCUCCAACGCAGGGGUCUCCGAUGGGUUUGUGAUGGAGGGCGUUUCAUCCUCCUUCCAAGUGCCAAGGCCAUCUAGCUCCUCCAAUGAGAAUAGGAGUAACAGUCUAAUGUUUUGAUAAAGACAGAAAGAAGAAGUUAGGUAUACUGACUUGUUUUAGGGAGAAAUUGUUGACCAAUGUAAAUUACUACAUGUAUAUGUAUAUCCUUUUGAUCACUCGAUGCCAAUAUUGUCGGCGCCACUUGGCCUUGGAUCCGUAGGGUUCACCAUUUUUACUUUUUUUUCUUUUUUCUACUUUGGUUGCUAUUGAGUUGGGGGACUUGGGAAUUUGCUGAAUUACUGAGCGCAGGUUACGAGCGGCCUGCCUAAAUAUUAUUCCAUUCAUGCUUCCCUUCA